AUGUCCUCCGCCCUGAAGCACAUCCAGACCGAAAACGCCCCCAAGGCUAUCGGCCCUUACUCCCAAGCCAUCGUCGCCAACGGCCUGGUCUACACCGCCGGCCAGAUCCCCUUCGAUCCUGCCACCAUGCAGAUCGUCGGUGAGGGCGACAUCAAGGCCCAGACCCGCCAGGCCAUCAAGAACCUCUCGGCUGUCCUGACUGCUGCCAAUGCCUCGCUUUCCAGCGUCGUCAAGACCACCGUCUUCCUCAAGAACAUGAACGACUUCAACGACAUGAACUCGAUCUACUCCGAGCUCUUUGGCGAUGCCCGUCCUGCCCGCUCUGCCGUCGAGGUUGCUCGCCUUCCCCGCGACGUUCUUGUUGAGAUCGAGUGUGUUGCCGUCGUCAGCAACCACUAA